AUGGCAGCCAUCGACGAAUUGGAUGCUGCUGCGGUGCAAGGGAAAAUUACACUGCUCCCGGGGCAUGAUGUCGAGCUUACUUCUGUCACAUUCUGUAUCCAGGACGAGGAUCAUACCAUGGGAAAUGCAUUGCGGUAUAUGUUGAUGAAAGAUGCACGCGUUGAAUUUUGCGGGUAUACGAUUCCGCAUCCCUCGGAGAGCAAAGUGCACAUUCGUGUCCAGAUGGUCGAAAACACGGUGUCUGCGGUGCAGGCCUUUGCUGAAGCGCUCUCGAAUCUGUAUGGGCUGUUGGAGACUGUCCAGGAAGAAUAUACUGCAAGCCUUACCGAUGGGCAAUUUGAACGCACAGAAACGAAGCCGAUUCCCGUGUCGUUGCGAAAAGAGUUUUCUGGCUAG